CUGGCGCAAAACAAGCCUGCUUUACGGCAGCCGAGAGGUCGUGCGGGAACUGUGGGCCCGAGGAAGGUUAAAGCGACUCUGAACCGAACGUUCCUCCAAGCAUCAUGCCGUUCCUUAACUUGGGUAUUAACGUGGACCAGUGGCUCUUGAAUCAGACCGGGGAGCAGCCAAUGAAGCGGGCCUCUCGUUGCCAUGCCUUCGAGAAAGAGUGGAUAGAGUGCGCCGACGGCAUCGGCCAAAUCCGGGCCAAAAAGGAAUGCAAGCUCGAGCUGGAAGACUUGUUCGAGUGCAUGCACCGCCUGAAGACCCAACAGCGCUUAUAUGAGGUCCGUAAGCAGAGGGACAAGAUGAUUAAAGAGGGAGCUUACGCACCCCCUCCACACCAUACAGGCAACGAGCAGGGCCAGCCCUGAGAGCAAGUCCCACUGUUGUACAGUUGCUUCCUCGCUUUAUGUAUUAUAAUAUCACUGCUGUAUCAACGUUGUUUAAUGUUCGCAAAAUAAAUACUAUGAUUCUAUGUAA